GGCGCGGUGCCGGGGCCGGGGGAGAGCGGGGGUGCUGGGGCCGCUGCUCGCCGCAGAAGGGCUUUUCGGGAGAAAAGCAUGCCAGAAAAAGAAAAAUAGCAAUGAAAAAAAAAAAAUCCUGCAGGCCCAAAAAGCAAUGCUGGUGUGGGUGUGAUCCCAAAACAGCAAAAAGAAGUGCCCGGGAGUGCGUGUGAUCCCCAAACAAAAAGAAGUGCCCGGGAGUGCGUGUGAUCCCCAAACAAAAAGAAGUGCCAAGCUGAGCAGGACCCCGGGACGGAAGCUCUGGCCGCGUCACCGCUUUUGUUGCAGCCCGUGGGCCGAGCGAUGGCGGUGGAACGCAGCGGGUUGGGGCAGAGCCCUUGUUUUCCACCGAGUUUUGUGGCAACUUUUUGGCAGGCAGCUUCCUCUUGACAAUGGGAAAAAGUCGAGGGAUCGCUUUCCGAAGAGAUCCCGUUACUCCUUCUGGACUUGCCCCUGUUGAGGUGAAUAAAAAGCUUUUUGUUUUCAUUCAUUGUUUUAUCUGAGAAAUGGCCAUGAGUGCUGUUUCUGUGCUGCUCCAUUGCUGGUGAGACAACUGAGGGCUCCGCUGUAGUGAGGAUUUCUGGCUGCUUUCCUGGGGUUUUAAGGCCAGUGGAAAGUCUCCGCUGUGCCUAAAGCCGUGGCAGUACGUCACUUUGUGGCUGUGUCGAGGUUCUCUUUGUCCUGGCCAAGGGCUGGGGCUCGCAUCCCGUCAUGGGGCUCGAUCUUGGUGCGUCCUGGCCACCGGCAACAUAAACUUCAGUGUUACUAGUAUUGGAAAAUGGUGAGAAACCUUACUGUCUAGGUGCUCUUGGGAAUUGUAGCUUAGUGCAUUAGUAGUAGUAGGAGGAGUGUUUGAAAAUUUACAGAAACUGCAUUUUCAGUCUGUUUUUAAAUACGACUUAUUGUCCAGCUGCCCUGAGUGUGUGGGCUGUAGGUAUCUGUUAUUAUUGGGCUGACUGACGCGAGACUUAAGCCACUAAAUCUGGUAGAAAUAGCAAUGUACAGCAUCUCUUUAAAAUAAAGAGGUGUGCCAAGGUUGGUCGUUAAUUAACGCACAUGAAAUUUAAACCUAUGAAGUAUGCUUUGAUACCUUGCUAAGCUUUUCUUUCUUGUCUGUUUUUUCUAAUUUUAAUUCACUGGUUGUAAAGGCAUUUGUGUCCUAACCUGUGGGUUUCUCGAGCCCUGCUGGCUGAUAGGAUUUGGAUGGAAUUGAAAAUCUGGAUCACUUCUGAAUGUACAGAAAGAGCGGCUUCCUGCUUGUGUGCCGGCUGCAGGGGAUGUGAAUACAUCUUACUGUGGUAACUUCAAGCCCCCGGGGAGGGUUUAAUUGAAAGGAUUAUGUUCAUGUGAACAGCGUGAUGUACUGUAAAUACAUAUUAAUGAUGAGAGAGAAUUGCAUAGAGAAGGGAAGAGCAUUUCUUAAGCCGUGAAGUCAGGGACUGAGCCUACAUCCCAAACGGUUGGGUUUGUGUUAGCUUCUCGGAGAUCCAGCCAUAAAUGCCUGCCUGCUGCUUAAUGACGGCACAGGGAAGGCACUGCGAGCAUGUGAAACAUGCCAGCAAGAAGGGAGCGAGCUGCUGGGACGUCCGCUCACAUCCUGAUCACCAGUGAUGUCCCCUGCUCAGUCGCCUGCUUUUUGUCGGGAAGGAAAGCACCAAAAAGGGUGAGUGCGAGGUAGGACAGGGGACAGGCAGGCUGUUAGGCUCUGAAAGGGAUACUGGGAUUUAAUACGUGGUACCUUAAAAUUUGUCAGCCUGGCUGUUAUUUUUGCACGUUAGGCCGUUUGGGUUAGAACAGCAGGAAUCCAACUGCAAGUGUCACUUCUCCCUGGUGCACAGACCCUGGCUUUCAAAGCCAAGCACACAAAUAUAUCUCAGAGGAUUUUCUGGGCAUUUAAAUCACCUGUAAGUUGGACUUGACCUUUUGGCAUUCGAUUCGCCAGGACUUCUGUGCGUGACUUGUUCAAACAAAACAUGGAAAUUAGUUCUGAAAGCAAAGUAGCUGGCUGGAAACCAGUUAGGACUGCCAAACAAUAGCGUGCUGCCUCUUGGGAUCCAGAAGACCACCGUCAUCAAAACUGUACCGAAUACUUGAAGAAACUGCGUGUGCUGUGCUGGUGCAACAGAGAACAGAGGUGGAUUUGUGAGCUUGUGAGUGUUUUGGGAUGCUGUUGCUGUUAGCAUCACAAAUUUACCUAUUGCUAAGCAAGAUAGAUAAGCACAUGUAUCUUUUUAUGAUACACUUGCAUAAUAUGUAAAAGGGGUAGGUUUAUUAAUUACUUUCCUUGCAAUUACCAUGCCGUUUUACCUGGAUAUCCAAUUUUUUCGGGGGGGUAAAAAGAGCACAAAAUUAUCAAUUUUAGGAUAAAAUGAUAAUGCAUAGGACUGUACGUGAUAGUGACCUGAGUGACCGUGACAAAUAAGCGAAUGAAUCCAGGUGAUGGCUAGAGGAACAGCCCGGGGUGGAGGGUUGGGAGAGUCCAGGCGUUAUCUGCCCGCCACCGCAGCUGCUGCCACGCUGAAUAUAGCAGCCUAGCACUUGCACGGCGAUCAUGUUCCCCAAGGCCGUCAGCAUUCAGGAAGGAGGAAGAUAACACAGGAGCAGCUACAGUGCCUGCUGCGGGUCACGUCAGGGAUCCGGUCUCCCCUGGAGCCCCAGCACGUCGUCCCGCUGCCCUCGUGCUAUAGAAGCACGUUGGCUCUGCCUGUGGGAGCACCUUGCUCGUCGGGGAGGCAGGUCAUAAAACCAGCUCACAACAAAGGCGCUGAUGGAGGGUAGAGCCCAGGCCGCAGCAGCACCUCUCAGGAGUUCUGUGCCGAUGGCCUUGGAUGUGGGAAAAUCCCUCUCUGAAGCCUCGCUGAGCCAGAAGGCCAAGUGCUAUGGAAGGUGGGACUACACAGACAUACACACGGACUGCCCAGAGCUGGCUGACAGCGUGCACUGGCUCUUAGAGGCAGAGGAAGCCAAACCCUCCCUGAAAGGGAUGGAGAGCCUGGGAAAGAGUGGACACGGUUGCUUGGUCGCUGGUAUCACCCAGAGAGGCUCGAGCUACUGCAGAGAAGCGUCUUCAGCCCCCACGUCCAGAUUUCCCAGGGUCCCUUCGGCACCCACAUCCAGAGCCGCUCGUGGCGGUGAUUCCCAUCCUCACCUCAGCCACCAUUUCCUCUCCUCGGAAGAGCAGCAGACGAAAAUGGUGGGCUGCUUGGAGCCCGUGUCCAGCGCUCCCAACGCGCAGAGCUCCACAGAGGUGAGCAGCAUUGCGGACGUCUCUCACGACAUCUCUACCAGCCAGUACAGCCAAAGACCCCCGUCCCCCUUCUCCUCCACCCUGGAGUCCUUGCCUCAGCCGACUCCCCUCAGCCCUUCGCGGAGCCGCUCCAGAUCGAGCUUCUCUACCCUCUCUUUAGAAGAAAACAGCGCCUCCGAGCAGCGGGAGGUGAAGCAAUCCCCGGGCUCGCCAGCUGGUUUGGACGUGCCUCCUGCAGCCACCGCCGCCUGGGACCUGCGGCGUCGGCCAGGCGUGACGGAAGGGAAGGCACCGCGGGCACAUGAGUUGCUUGCUCCUCCGCUGGAUGACCACAUAACUGUGGGGCGUGUGAGGAAGAUGUCAUCCUACCAGGCUGAUUACUGGGCGUGCGCCAUUCCGGACUCCUUGCCCCCUUCCCCAGACCGUCAGUCACCCCACUGGAACCCCAACAAGGAGUAUGAGGACUUACUGGAUUACACCUAUCCGCUGAGGCCGAGGUACAAGUUUGGAAAGGCGCCAGAGCCUUUCUUCCACGAUUCAGGAAUAGAUUUGGACAGCUUUUCCCUUUCUCCCGAGGGCACUCUGACAUCCACCAGCGUCUACGGUCAAGGUUGGCAGGCUCAGGGAAGCAGAGAAAAUCCACAUCAGGGGUUUGGGGCCUCUGUGAGGAGAUACUCAACCCCGGUGUCUAGAAAACCAGGCUGUGUGAGAGCUAUCUCAUACUGUGAACCUUCAGCCACUGCAAAAGCAUCUGUUACAAAGAGUGCUUCCUCUAAUGGCACAGCGGGUCCUUCCAGAGGUUUUCCUAAGGACUUAAGGAUGGAGAUAGCGGGGCUGAGUUCAUUUGAUCGCCCUGAUGUGGAUGGGAGAAGCUGGUGCCAUUUGAAAGGGAGCCCCUCUUCAAGUUACAAAGGACAGGCAAAAAGCACUAGCAGGUUUUUACCGACAACACAAGUGCUCCCCCUGAGGAAAGAGUGGGAUGGUGAUGAAGAAUUUCUUUCCCUGCCUCCUCGGCUCAGGGAGCUGGAGAGGUUGUCUCAGAUCUUGUCCGAACUUUCCUUAACUGAAAGGACAUCCAGGCAAGACCACCAAACCCCUCCACCUUACGGCGACAGCAAGUCCGAGCGGUCUCCUUUCAGAGCAGCAUGCAGCAGACACCAAAGAGAGAGCACCGAAGGUUUUGUUGGGCUGUGUCAACCCUACAGCUCCCAAAAGCCCAGCUGGGAAAACACUGGAUCGUGUAGCCAGGUCGAUAGGGAUGCUCUGAGCAGGCUUCACCUACCUGCAGAUGUCAGGGGCGCGUUGGACGGGAUGUGCCCCAGUGAGCUGGGUGCUAAGCGGCAUCCUAAAGAGAAGGGCCAGCAGGGCGAGUCCCUGGCCCAGUGCAUUAAGAUGUUUUGCUGCCAGCUGGAAGAGCUCAUUUGCUGGCUGUAUGAUGUAGCAGACCUCACGGACAGCUGGAUACCGCCGACGCCGGACGCUGUGAGCGUGAAGGCAGCGCUGUGCCGUUACUUGGAGUUCAGGAAGGACGUGGCUGACCACCAGAGUCUGACAGAGAGCGUGCUGCAGCAGGGAGAAGCUCUCCUCGAGUGCAUGGCAUCGAAUUCACCAGCUUUGAAAGAAACGCUGGGCUUGAUUGCGAAGCAGUCAGAAGAGCUGGAGAGCCACGCGGAGCGCUUGUACAAGUCGGUUCUGGCUGCUGUGGAUCCUGUGCAGGGGGAGGACAGGGAGCAGGAUGACAGCACGCGACAGGCAGCAGCUCAGUGGGUGCUGCCUCCAUCAGACCUGGGCUUUGUUGGCUGCUCUCAGGAUGGCUGAGCAGAACCGCAGCACGCAACAAACCGCUACGUCCAACUCCUGCAGAGAUGCCAAAACGCGUUGAAUCACUGUGUCUGGAGUUAGCCAGCCCGGGCUGAUUUCAACUUGUUUUUUACUGUGGCUUGAGACAGGCAAGCUGUGCAGUUACUUGGCUACUUGUAUUUCUACUUAAUAUUGCUGACUAAGUUGGGGGUUUUGUGAGUGAGGAAUGUACAGCUGGUUCUUUUCUCCUUUUUUUUUAUGUAGCGUUCCCUUUUACUGAAGUGGCCUGUUCCAUACAUUAGCAAAAUGUCAGGCACACGCUUUUUUAAUCUGAGUAAUCCAUAGUGUGCAGUGCAACUCCUAAGUAAAGCUGUGUGAUUAUAAUAGAA